ACCCGACACCACCCGUGGCGCACUCGGCCCACCGCCCGAGUCCGGCGGCCCCCUUUCCCCUUCCUCCCGCGCCGGCACGCACGCGGCGCUCCAUUUUCCUCCAAAACCCCGGCCAAAACCCUCCGAAACCCGUCCGCCUUCCAUGCCCCACCCGUCCGCCGCGAUGCUGCGCUCGCCCUCCUCCCUGCGCUCCCUCCUCCACCUCUCCGGCCGCCUCCUCCGCCCUCCGAACCCUCGCCGCCCACGCCCGCUGAACCCUCGCCUCCCCAGCUACCCGCUCUCCGCCCGCCCUCGCUUCCUCUCGUCGUCGUCCUCCGUCUCCUCGCCCUCGACCGGCGGCGCCGGAUGGGCCACCUACGACCCGGUCACCGACAGUCUCAGCGCCUCCGCGGCGCUCCCCUCACCCUCCGCUUCCGACCCCGAGGCCCCCGUGGAGUCCCACGCCUGGGCCGUCUUCGACCCCGCCGCGGGCCGCAUCGUCAAGCAGCGCUCCCCUCCUUCGUCGUCCACCACCGCGGCGGCGGCGGCGGCGGAGGAGGAGGAGGAGGAGGAGGAGGAGGGGGAAGGUGCGGGCGAGGACGAGGAGAAGGGGAGGCUACGGGCGAGCGCGCGUGUCGCGAAGGCCCAGACCUCGUGGUCGUCACUGGCGGCGCCGCGGAAGCCCGCGGUUAAGGGCGGCAAGGAGAGGUUCUCGUUCGUGUGCAGCAACUGCAAGGAGGCCGAUUCGCAGUGGUGGGGCUUUUGCCGCCACUGCAACGCGGCGGGGACCAUGGAGAGGUACGUCCUGGGGACUGAUGGCAAUGCCUCUGCGGAGGGGUCGCACCAUAUCGCCCGGUCGUGGAUUCCUCAGAAGAGCAAGGAGAUUGUGCCGCAGAGCCUUCAGGAGGUGAACAAGGGGGUCAAUCAGGCUGAGUGGCGCAUACCCCUGUCGGGGAGCUUUGGAGUGGAGAUUGCUCGAGUGCUUGGUGGUGGCAUUGUUCCUGGCUCCUUGAUAUUAGUCGGUGGGGAUCCAGGUGUUGGCAAAAGUUCAUUGAUGUUACAGCUUGCUUCGAAUAUAUUGGAGAGUUUCAUGGUCGAGGAGUCUUCUCCUGUUGUAUAUGUUUCUGGUGAGGAGAGUAUUGAGCAAAUUGGAAACAGGGCUGAUCGGAUGAGUAUCACGUCUAGCAAGUUGUACCUCUACUCUGGUACGGAUAUUGAGGAUAUCUUGGACAAAAUCCAACCGCUGUCUCCAAGGGCUCUUAUUAUCGAUUCCAUUCAAACAGUUUAUGUCAAAUCAUUCGCUGGAAGUGCUGGCAAUUUAGCACAGGUCAAGGAAUGCACCUCUGCCUUGUUACGAUUUGCAAAACUGACUAAUAUCCCUGUUUUCUUGAUUGGACAUGUUACAAAAAGUGGUGAUAUCGCUGGUCCUCGCCUCUUAGAGCACAUAGUGGAUGUUGUUCUGUAUAUGGAGGGAGAGAGGUGCUCAUCCCAUCGACUGUUGCGGUCGGUUAAGAAUCGUUUCGGUCCAACAGAUGAGCUUGGUGUAUUUGAGAUGGCUGAAUUUGGUCUGCAAGCUGUUCUGAAUCCUAGCCAGAUGUUCUUAACCGAGCAUGACUCUGAUUCUGAAAUUCUGGCCGGGGUUGCUGUAGCUGUUAUUUUAGAUGGAUCUAGGACUUUUGCUGUCGAAGUUCAGGCAUUGUGUGUUUCUGGCUCUCAUCGUUCUGGACAAGUAGUUGGCAUACCAACAAGAAGGGCUGAUGUCAUAAUCUCUGUUCUUAUGAAGCAAGCAAGCCUAAAACUUCAGGAUAAUGCUAUUUUUUUGAAUGUUGUCAGUGGCUUCGAGUUGACUGAGACCGCAGGAGAUCUGGCAAUAGCAGCUUCAAUUUGCAGCAGUUUCUUGGAGUUUCCUAUCCCAAAUGAUGUUGCAUUUAUUGGAGAGAUCGGUCUUGGCGGUGAACUUAGGACUGUGCCAAGAAUGGACAAGAGGGUGAUGGCUAUUGCGAAGCUGGGAUACAAGAAAUGUGUAGUUCCCAAGACCUCCGAGAAGUUGCUCAAACCGCUUAAUCUGGAUAUCGAGAUCUUGCCCUGCAACAACCUGAAGCAGUUUAUAAACGCCAUAUUUAGGCCCCAAGCCUGAUGCCGGCGUGGAAGAUGCCUGCUUUACCAAAGCUGACCGUAGGUAUUUAGGGUUAGACAUUAGAGUAUUGUCGGUCAAGGCCUUAAUUGGUGUAGCAUAGUGCCAGUUAACAGUGGACGGGCUUCCGUGUUGAGCUUCCAGCCGAUAUAUAUUCCAUUUUGCUAGUAAGCCUAAACUGCCGUGAAUUUGGUUAUCGUUAUUCUUUCGUGUAAAUUUGAAGUGUCUCUAGCUAUUAGUGUAAUCUGUUGAUUUGUUUCCACUCA